AUAAGCAUUUAGUUUAAGAUAGCUGCUUCAUAAGUAAUUAUAAUAAAUGUAUCUCUUUCUCUCUGAGCUGAUUUGCAAAACUGUUCAGCCACAUAUAAAAAUCAGUCAAUGAUAAUGAUGAUACUAUUCCCCCAGUUGGCGAACUUUCAGGUAGCUAAAAGGUUGUAAACCAAAAGUUAUACCCCGAUCACCUUUGCACAAAUAAAUUGGACAGCACGUAUUUCGCAUCAGGUUUUAUGUAUUUAUUAAACGAAUCAGACAGGUAUGACUUUGGAAUUGCCCGUUUCACAGUCAUCCUGUCAACCCCAUUUUCUGAUUGGGCAUUUCUUCUCCCGUAAAUUGGUUCUAGGAGGAAGAAACUGAACGUUGGCCACUAAGUGAAAUGUAGUUCUGUGUUAAAAAAGACAGGUGGAAAUAAGUCUCAGUGUUUACAGUUAUUGUCUGAGAGUACAUUGUAGUAUUUAUAUUAUAACAGUGGUUCCCUCGGUAUGAGUAAAGUGUCCGGUAGUGAUUCGGACUGUGGACCUCUUCGGAAGAAAGCGAAACUAGAUUUGGAAAGUAGGGACAAUUGUGGCCUCAUAGCUGGUGGACCCAUCAGAUCUGCAAAUAAGAAAGAACAAGGUAAUCUGUACUGUUGUCCAGAGCAGUCAUCUGGGCUUAACGCUUCCACCAGUAUCUCUCGUGUAAGAAAAGAUAAACUGAGGAUGGCUUCUGAUACACACCAAAACAUUACAGAAGUGGAAGCCAUGGACUCAAAAAGGUCAGAUGUUGAUGACAUUGCUUCUGAGCUGGAUAAGGGUGAGGAUAAAUGUCACAAGACUAUGACAGCUGAAGCUGGCACAGGAAUGUUACUGAAUGAAGUAGACUCUGAGUUGGAAAAGUCAAGUGGAUUGAUGACCUGCUUUUCAGAUAGUAAAAAUAAAAAGAAGGCAAAAGGCAUUGGAAAUUCAAAUAUUGAAGAUAUUUCAGGUUGCGGGAAAAUGUCCAACAAGUCUUAUGUACAAGCAACAAUGCAUCGGUGGCUUGAAGAUGGAAAGGGCAUCAAGAAAAAUUUAGAGGAUGAUGGAGCAAUGAAUUUGAUAUUAACCAAACCUCAGCAUUUCCAGACAAGUAGAGAUUUAAGUCCUUGUUCUGAAUCUUUAAAAAAUGAUGAGGUUGUAGUAGUUCCAGAAACCCCACCUUCAGACUCUGAGAUGAUAAACAUAGUAUCCCCAGCUCAUACAGAUAUAUCUGAGACCAGCUCCCAAGGGUUUGAAGCUUAUGAAAACCAGUGCCAGUCCCCUGAGGCACUAGAACCUACGACAGAUAAUUCCUGUACAACUGAAUCUUCCCAUGCUGAAAGUAUUCCAGACAAUGCUAAGUCAUUGAAGUAUGAUGAAAAACAGCCUUGUUCAGAAUCUGAUAAUUCCACAUAUUCUUUAUUUGAAGAUAAUAGAAAAAGUCAAGAGUUUGAUGUAGUUGAAAACCAGGACCCUAAGCUUUUAAAACACAAUCCUGAUCAGUUAUCAAACAAAACACCAAGCAAAAGUCAAACCAAACUUGCUUUGAAGAAAAAGACAAAAAAUACAGAUCACUCUGUGAAGAAAUUUCCAGAAAAAAGAAACCACAGCAGAAAGGUAGGAUGUGGACAACACAUUCGAAAACUAGAAAAAAGGUCUUCCACAGACUUAGACUAUCCUACGAAGAAAUGGCUUGGAACUCCAAUUGAAGAAUUGAGAAGAACACCAAAAUGUAGCAGUCCUCUACCAAGUCUCCGUCAUUCUAACUGCCACACUGUCACAAUUAGAACUGACUUGUUACAACAAGGAAUGGUACCUAAACCCUAUCCAACCCAAGUCAGGGAUGUGUGGGAUGGAAAUCAUGUAAAAAUGCCGUUUUCAGAUCAAAACCUAUAUCCUGUGGAAUAUAAGGAAGGAAUGAAAUCUGUGGAUAAACGAUGGGAUCUGAUCCAGGCAAAACUGCGAACUAGAUUCUGUCAUCCAAGAGAUUUAAAGGAUGCCAUUAUGCAGUAUAACAAAUCGUACAUCAGUAAAUGGGAUUUCACAGCUUUCAAUAAACUUUGUAAUGAGGUGCUGGAACGUAAUGAAUCUAAGUAUCUGCUGGAGGAGGUCCUUCCAAAGAUGGUUGAGCUAGCACUCAAGCUGCCACACGUUUGCACUCAUCCAAUACCUCUUCUCAAGCAAAAUAUGAAUCACUCCAUCACAAUGUCACAACAACAGAUAGCCUGUCUACUAGCCAAUGCCUUUUUCUGCACCUUUCCCCGUCGCAAUGCCAGAACAAAGUCAGAGUAUUCAAGCUACCCAGAUAUUAACUUCAGCAGACUGUUUGAAGGAACCUCACCAAGGAAAGCUGAAAAAUUGAAAACUCUGCUUUGUUACUUCAGACUCGUCACAGAAGACAUGCCCAAAGGAUUGGUGACAUUUACAAGACAAAGCCUAAAAUCUUUCCCCUCAUGGAAAGGAUCAGAAAAAUUGCUGCCUCGACUUCAUGUUACUUGGGAAGGUACAAUAGAGGCUGAUGGGAAAGGCAUGCUACAGGUGGAUUUUGCUAACGAGUUUGUUGGAGGUGGCGUUAUUGGUGCAGGAUUGGUGCAAGAAGAAAUCCGAUUCAUAAUUAAUCCAGAACUGAUUGUGGCUCGCUUAUUCACUGAACGUUUGGCAUUUAAUGAGUGCCUCAUCAUUACAGGUACUGAGCAGUUUAGUGACUAUGAAGGCUAUGCAGAAUCUUACAGAUGGGUUGGAAGUCACACUGACAGCACACCAAGAGAUGCAUGGCAGAGGCGCUGCACAGAAAUUGUUGCUAUCGAUGCUCUUUGUUGCAGGUCGUUUCUAGAACAGUUCAUUCCUGGUAAUAUUAGGAGAGAGCUUAAUAAGGCAUACUGUGGCUUUUUUCGAGAUGGAGAGUGUCCGAAAAAUCUUUCUGCAGUAGCCACUGGAAACUGGGGAUGUGGUGCAUUUGGAGGAGACCCAAGGCUAAAAGCAUUGUUACAGAUUAUGGCUGCAGCUGAGGCUGGGCGUGAUGUUGCAUACUUUACUUUUGGUGAUUCCAUACUGAUGACAGACAUAUAUGAAAUACACAAAGGUCUCACAGACAGGAAGUUUACUGUUGGUAAGAUUUAUGCACUUUUGGAGCAAUACUAUAAUGAAGUAUGUAAGCACUGCAUGACUGAUCGUCCCACCAUCACGUUGUACUGCUUCAUUUCUAAUAUCCUGGGUAGUGAUCCAGAGUUCGACACUGAAAAUGUACGCAGUCCUGGUCCCACUCCACUUCCUCGUCAUGGCCCUAAUCUUUCUGGUCUUGCUCCUGCUCCAGGUCCAGGUCCAAGUUCAAGUUCUGUCUCUGCUCCUUCUGGUGGAAAUUCAGGAGUCUACAGUAGUGAUGAAGAUUAAGGAACAGGGGCUGGCGUAUAUUUUACAGAACUAAUUUCGUACCUGUAAAAUCUUUAGUACGACCACCUAAUUUAAACCUGUAGAUGGACUUAUUACAUACAGAAUGUAUAAAUAUAUGUAUAAAUUAAAUUUUGUAUUGCCAUAUUAUGUACUAAAAAUGCUUCUUUAGGAUUUGGAAUUUAUCUUCAGAUAAUUAUUUACUUUGACUUUCCAUUAUUUAAAAAAUGUUAUAUUUUAUUACUGCUUGUUCAGUUUGUAAUAAAAUUAAUUUGUAUGUACAUGCAAAGAAACAGGAUCAGGUUAAUGAGCAGGCUGUUUCAGGAAUAAUGUAAUUAGUAUUUUAAACUGAAUUGUAUGUGGUGACAGGUAUAAAAACAUAAUUUUGUGUUUCUUUUUCCAUAAUCUGCAGGUUUCAUACAGUAUCUAAUGGAGACACCAGGAUUUUAUCUUUCACCCCCCCCCCUUAUUACAGUGUGGUCUUUACAAUGCAGUUCAUAAUAUUUCUCUUGAUAUAGUAACAGUGGUUGUCUAAGUUUAUGCCUUUUAACUAGAAUACCCUGGAAAGACAGAACAUCGAAAAUAGUGGGAAUAAUGUGAAGAGUAUGCCAAAGCCUUUCUUGUAUUUGAACAGAAGAGCAGGCAUAUAGCUGUAUCUGUUGAGCAUCUGUCACGACCUUUAAUGAGACACAUGAAGGGUGUGUAUUCUUGUGUCAAAGAAUAAUGUGCCAGGAGGGUAUACACUCCUGUGUAGCUGCAGUAUGACUAGAACAUCUGGUGAGCAGAUAAACCUGCUCAGUAAAAAUAAUACCGACCACCUCCUCCAUCUCUCACUUUACCAUGCAUCUUAUACAAAUGGUCACUAAUUUCCUCCAUAGCUAUAUCCAAGGUAUAGUAAUUCUACAAUUCUGUUCUGAGUUUUCUUACCAGUGGGCCCCCACCUCUAGAGAUGGUUAUGUCAAGCUUCUUGGGUUGCAGAUGUUAAAGUGAAGAUGGUAAUACCAGUAGCCUUUGUAUCUCUUGAGAGUCACAGAGAGACUCCGCUUGUUGUCAUUUGAUAAAACUUAGGGCAUAUGCAUAAGCAGAUACAAAACAAAGUGACUAUCCUAUAGCAGUAGGAAGUUGACCAGUAAAAUAAAAUAAAAAAAUUCAAAGUAAACAAAAAAAGAGGUGCAGAGGAAAGAUGAUGUGUAAGCAGUUAUUCUUUCCAAGCCAUAAUCUUAGAAACAAGUUCCUUAUGGGCAUCAGCUUCAGUCAACAAACUGUUGUUAGUUCUACUGCACACUCUGUGUGUCUGUGUGUGUGUGUGUGUGUGUGUGUGUGUGUGUGUGUGUGUGUGUGUGUGUGUGUGUGUGUGUGAACUAUUGCUUAAUUUUUUUUUUUAUAAUAUGCAAAUUAUUGAGUAGACUUGCUGUGAAAACUUAUUUUAAAUGUCAUUUCUUAUUUGCUGUUUUUAGAUACAAAUAUAAAUUUUUUUAUAUGUAAAUUUACUGGACUACCUGUCUGUUUUGUUUUAGUGUACGACCACUAAAUCAAAGUUGUAUAUUGGAGAGCCCAGAAGCGAAGCCUAAAUUGUUGGUUAUUCCUGAACUGAGAUUUUUUCUUCUUUGUUUCCCCUUAAACUAACAAUAGAUAAUUCAUACUUAAUCUGAGUAGUGCUGGCUCAUUUAUUUUGCAGUGUAAAUGAAAAGAUAUUGCUGAAGAAAUUGAGACUCCAGAGAUCAGAUUUUAAAUAUGGUAUCAAGCAAAGCAAUUGAAGUUGUUAUUUUUUUUUUUUUGCAAAAUAUUGUGAAAUCUAUAAAGCAAGACUUUUUAAAAUGUGGAGAAUGUUUAUUUUAAAUAAAGUUUUGUUACUGUU